ACAAGACACAUUCCUUAGAACAGAGUCAGUGGCAGCUUGUGUAGUUAGGUGUUUCAGGGCGUGAUUUGCAGACAGGGCGUUAGCUCAGUGAUGGGGUCGAUCUGUACCCGAAGUGAGGAUAUGGGUGUGUCAAGUUAUAUGCCUUCGAAAAUUCUUAUUGCUGGUCUCAGUGGUGCAGGGAAGACUACCUUCCUCUACAAACUGAAGACUGGAAACGUGGCUCUUAUGGAACCUACUGUUGACUUCAACAUCGAAACGGUCUCAUACAGAAACUUCAGCUUCACGAUGUGGGACAUAGGAGGCCAGACAGUGACGCCGGAACUGUACAAAUACCAUGUGCAUGAGAUCGCUGCCAUAAUAUACGUUGUGGACAGCAAGGCCUCGGAUCGGUUGGAUGAGGCGAGAAGGCAACUGGACAUGGUGCUCAGCAACGACGAAAUCUCCGGGAUACCCCUGCUGGUGCUGGCCAACAAGCACGACCUCCCCGGGGCGACCUCAGUUGAGCUGCUUUGCGAGGCCCUGACCCUCCGCCACCAGACCCGACCUUGGCACAUACAGCCCACCAGCGCCGUGACGUCACAGGGCAUUGACGAGGGUAUGGACUGGCUUCUUACUGAACUUACACGCAAGCCAUCUAUCUGAUGCUUUGCUGGCUUAGAGGGACUGGCUUAUUAGUUAUUAUUUUUUUCGAUUGUUAUGUAUUUUUUGUUUUUAUUUUUAGGUUAGGUUAGGUUAUAUUUGCUUAGGUUAUGAUAGAGCUGGCUUUUCAGGCCUAUGAUGGUGCUUAUGAGAUUUGCAAUUGAUUUGUAGUCUAUGCUGCUGUGGUGUAUACAAAAAUACCAUUGCUGAACUGUAUAAUAAAAAUACAUUCAUGAUCUUGUCUUAUUCGGAUUUUAUUCCCAUUUUAUCAAUUAGAUUUCAUUCUUCUCAUUGUCU